CAUACGUUAUAAAUUAUGCAUUUUUUUUUAUUAAAUACAUAUGUAUUUUUUUAUGUUUGUACGUCAAUAUGUUUUUUCCAACUUACAGGAUAUUACCAGCCGGCUGGGCCCUUGAUAAAGGAGACGAGCGCGGACGCGGAACGAGCGCUAGCUAGAUACCAUCCUCCGCCUCACUACCAUCCACCGCCUGUACUACAACAAUAUGGUCCAUACUACCCGGCUGAACUUUGUUAUGGAAGGUACUACCGACCCCCAGGACCAUAUCACAUGCCCCCACAGCCGGAUGCACCGAUGGUGGGAGUAAGUGAGCCGUAUCCUCCCCCUCAAUACUACGGCCCGACACCAUGCUACCCCCACUCACCACAAAGAAUACCAUACGUAGAAUACCGAGGAUGCCCGUGCCCAUUAAACGCGUGUCCAAAAAACGUCCUUAUUGGGCCCGCUACUGGUAAAGGCCCCACCGGUGGCGGCCCAGCGGACGUUCCCUCGGCCUUAGCGCCGCCCGGGGCCGCCUUCAGACAGAAGGUGCGGGUCGCGCUCGACUCUAACGCAGAUACUCACGGAAGCGGAAAGGAUCCUCCAAUAGAACCGGAGCCACCAGAGCCUCCAACCGCAGCAGACGCCCCUCAUCCAUGUCCUCUGCCAGCUAUUGGUGGUGCAUCACCAAAGCGUGAGAUGUUUGACGUUCGAGAUAACCCUCGCCUGAACGCUGAUAUCCCGGGACCAACAGAGGCUAUUGGACCCCCCUCCCCUGCAAGAGGAGUCUGUGCUCCACAACCACCGCUAAGUGCCCCAAGACGGGCUCGACUUGGCAAAGCCAUGGCCAGACGGUCAUUAGCUGGUGACGACACGGCACUUCUCAUAUCAACACCACAACCGAUAGUUGAUAAUCACAAUGAGGCAGAUGAUGACGUUCUCGCCAUAUCACCGCCCACGUGUGCUCCCAUCGAUUUAUCGUCCUCUGAUGAACGAUCAACACCAUUAGUGGACGUCAAAAAAGAGAAUGAGGGACCCACUUACGCAACGUCAAGAAAGACUGAUGCGCAAGCUCUUAGGGAACAUAAUUGUACAACCGCCUUACAGACCUCAGAUGUCGCGGAUCCUGCUAAAGCGGUCAAGCGGAGAUAUUCCAAAUCUAAGCUUGAAAUAGAAAUGAAAGAUGUUCAACUCGAGGACGCAUGUAAAACAAAUGGCAUCGGGGAACAUGUUAAACUGCAGAAACGAAGGAAGGUUUCUGGCGAACUGUCACAUAUACCGCGUACAGAAACAAUUACUAAGGAACCAAAAAAGAAACCUACGCAGAAAAGGACAACAAAAACUUCAAUCAGUGAUAAGAAAGGACAUAAAAGGAAAUCAAGUACUGUCGUAGAGGAACCCAAACCUAAGACCAUGUUACUUGACAUCAUUACCAAUGAAGAUCCUCGUCUGACAAAUGUUGCUGCUGUUUCAGAGGAUACUAUGAGUAUGAAACCCAAAACUAAAAGCGCACUUCUGCUAGAUAAUUUAAUAAAGAAAAAUAGCGUAGACAGGCCUGAAGCUAAAGGAUAUAAUCCUGAUACGAAACUAAACCCAGCGGAACUCUUUUUACCACCGAGCGAAAAUGUCACUCAAAACAGUGCGAAGAAAACUUUAAAUAUUAAUAAUAACAUAGUAGAUACAAAUUCCCCCAUAAACGGGGUGCGAUCAAAAACUAUUGCGGCUGUGAGUCAGCUUAUUGAAAAGAAGCUGGCAUAUAAGAAUGCUUGCAAAGUAGACAAAGUAGAUUCCAAGGUUACUCACAGCCUUAAAUCAGUAUUAUCUUCACCCACCGAAGCUCUGGAUGACAAAGAGGAUAUAAAACAAGGAGUUUUACUAAACGGUGAAAUAAAUAUUGACAAAAAAGUCUGCCUUGAAAGUGAUAUAGGAAAAAUUGCAGAUAUCAAAGAAAAAUGUGAAUACAAAGACAUAAAAAAUACAAUGAAUAUUGAAAACAAUAUUUUGCCAAAUGAAAAGUCAACGAAAGUAAACCUUAAGGCCUGUCCAAACAAAACUAAAGAAACCAAUAACAUCGAUCAUGUCGAAGAAUCUCAAAAGACAGAAAAAGCUUUAAAAGGCGAAGUAACUAAUUCGUGUAAAGCUAAACACGUCGAAAAAUUAGUGAAGCUGCUGGCUUCGAAAAAGCAAGCCUCGAAAUUAUCUGAAUCGGAAGCAGUAAUAGAAGACGAAGCGGAUGUAGACAGCAAUCAAGAUAUAGAUAGAGAUAAGAGUACAAAACGAUGUAAACUAGUCGGGGAAAAGGUAAAUGGAGAGAAAUGUAAGACAGAGAAAGUUGCGAAGCUGCUCGUGUCCAAAAAGACAGUUAUAAAGACUGAUGAAGCAUCGUUAGUCGUGGAAGACGCUUGUUCAUCACCAGUGACGAAUACAAGGAAGACUAGAAGAAGACGUAGCGGAGGAAGAAGGAUGAGACGAGCUGUAGCUCCUCUAGCCCCACCAGACUUACAACCAAAAGCCACGCCACGAUGGAGCAAUGGAUGGAACUGGGACGGCGAACACUAUUUAUCAAAAGUCUACCUCAAUAACGACUCGCGCCUUGACCGCACUGCUCGUUGCUGGGCUCGUAUGACGCACGCGAGCGGGGAUCGCGUCUCGCGAGGAGAUUGCGUCUUACUCAGAGCAUCCCAGGCCAGGGCUCAACCAUUUGUGGCCAGGAUCGCCAGCCUGUGGGAGAAUCCUGAUGACGGUGAGAUGAUGGUGUCCCUCGUAUGGUACUAUCGUCCGGAACAUACCGAACGCGGUCGUCAGUCAACAGACGCUCCCGACGAAGUGUUCGCUUCCAGACAUCGAGACGCUAACUCUGUCGCCUGUAUAGAAGACAAGUGCUACGUACUCACGUUCAAUGAGUACUGUAGAUACAAGAAGCGCCUGAAGGCGUUGGAAGAGGGCGUCGUGAUCACUCCAUCAAUAGUACCGUCGUUGCCAGCCAGCGAAGUGACGCCGGCUCUAGCUCCAAACGAUACAAAACUUCCGCCUUCCGUAUCACCAGAGUUAGUGCUGUUCUGCCGAAAAAUAUAUGAUUUCAGGUCCAAAAAAAUUCAUGUACCCAACAAAUGAGCAAAAAAUCAAUGAUCGAAUCCAUGUUUUGGAACUCGGACCUCGGUUACAGCAGAGUCUGGUGAAUAAAGGUCUUCUAGGAACGGAAGGACUGUAUUUAUCGGUAGUGUCACAUUGAAACUUAUAAUAGUACAAACACCGACAACCUUAGGUCGUAUCCUUUAUUGGACAUUCGCCAAUCGGUUUUGUUGCUUCUACUGUGACUUUGUAUUUCGUGUAAUUUAAUUUGUAUUUCAUAUAAUUUGCGAUCUUUCGUAACGACGGAUGCUAAUAAAAUUUUUAGAAAUGGAUGCCUUUUUAUAAAUUAUAAGUAGUUGUAAGUGAACGCAUAAUUGUUAAUAGCGGUAUGUUUAUUUCUGCUUCGGGAUUGAUUAUAUAUUGUGUAUCUUCUGUAGAUGCGAUGUGUGCGCUAGUUGACCCUCCCCCGUGUGUCGGUCGUUUAAGUUUUGUUUGGCUAAACUGAAAGGCAUUUAUAUAAUUAAAAUUCAUUUUAAUUUACUGUUACAUUGUUAUAUACGUAGAGUCUAUAAUAGAGUAUUGUUUUAAUACAUGAUACUACACGGCGAGUGAGUGCUGUUUUACUGCGGUUAUGUGAUUUGCUUACGUAGUUUCUAUUUACCUUACGAUAACUGUUAGUGAUCAGAAUUAAAUUCUAAAUUCUAACUGAACAAUGCUGUUUUGGGACGAGUCCGUGGGCUAGUUCUUGUUACGUAUAGUUACCUAGGCGUUUUGUGUACCAGUGUUUUUUCCAUCACAGAUUGAAUCGGCUUAAAUUCUUAUAGGUGUGUGUAAUUUGUAAUUAUGUAUAACGAUCGAGUCUCAUAUUGACAAAUAAUAUGUGGUUAUUUAUUGACAGUGGCCCCGGGUAUUUAUUUACAAUAAAUAAGUUUUAUGUUCCUUGGAAACAAAUUUCUCCUCAUGCCUUGGAGGGAUUAAUAUUACAAUGGUCAAUGUGGAAAGGCUGUUCCUCUAUAAUUCUGUUUAAUGUUGUCUAUAAAGACUGAUUGCGCUAGGGCGAUGCACACUUUUUUGGCAAAAAAAAAAUACAAAACAAUCAAUUACAUUUUUAAAUAAAAACAAAACCUAUGACACUAUUUAUUCCCUUAUACAAAAUGUGUCAGCCAAUAUUUUACACUUUAAAAAAAUAACAAGUGGGAACAUUGUAACAUAUUUUUAAAUAUAAAAAUUAGUGCAUAGAUGUAAAACAAAAAGUGUGUUGGACGGAAAGAGAUAUAUUGUAUGAGUAUUGUAGUGAAAUCUCUUUAUCAUUAGAGUUUGUCCUGUUACAACGCGUCUCGACUUGCAAAAGCUAUCUUGUAUUCGUGUGAUAAGGUUCAUUUUACAAUGGCCCGUUAUGAAUUUUUUAAUUUGUGUUGUAGAUUCGCAUUGGGUCCAUAAUUUUCAUGUAGUGCGGAGUAUAGAAUAUAUUUAAUGUUAUAAUUCCUUUAUGGAAUAAUGUAAAGGGCAUUUACAAGUAAUCAGUUUCUGUAGCAUUCUUAGUUUCUUACAAUGUAUCUCUUGAGAUGUUUUCCGUUGUUGGCUGUCUUUUAUUUACCUCUUUUAUUGUAAAUAUUCUUCUUUAAGUUGUAUUAUUUCUAAACUUAUUUAUCUCUCCAGUGAGAUCAUUUAUUUAUUGAAAAUCAUGAAUUUAAUUUAUUUUACCAAAUGAAGUUUUUUGCUUGCAAAUCUUUUUGGUUUUAAAAAUAUAAGUUAUGUAUGUACACAGAACUGUCAAGGGAAUUAUUAUUGUUUUUCAUAAUAUUCUAUAUGAUUUCUGAAUAAAAUGUAUAAAAGUUAUAUAUGAGGAGGAAGUUAAGGAACUUCAAAACUUUCUAAUGUAAUUCCCUUGAAGAGUUUUUGUAUUAUUUUUUAAACGUAACUCUAUUUUGCUAAAAACUAAUAAUAUGUACACAGCAUCACAAUCUCACUGGUGUCUAUUCCAAAGCUUAAGUAACCUAUUAUUUCUUAUUCUUUGCUUGAUGCCAAAAAAUUAGCUGCAAAAGUUCUAUUAUUCAGUAAUUAAUACAAUUCUCUUUUCUAUUUAGGUUAAAAAUGUCUGUGAAAUACGAAUGUGAAUUGUAAAAAAAAACCUCUGACAAUAUUUCAGAAAAUAUAACAUUUUAUUGACAAUAAUGGAUAUUUAUAAUACAACAAAAUAUAUAAACAGUCCGAUGACAGCUAUGAAUCGUUUAGAAACCUCCACAGCGAGCCGUUCGUAUUUCACUCACAUUGUUACUCAUUACUAAUUAAUUAUAGAUUUAAUGAGUAAAUUCCAUAAUAAGAUUAUUACUAUAAGUGAGCUCCCCCUUGCUUGUAGAUGGAAUGUUUUAAAGAAUGUUACCUGGAUUCCACAGUUGCAACCUUCUUAUAGUCAAUGAUAUUUUUAGAAUUAGGUUUACUAAUAAGAAAAAAAAUACUUUGUUUUUAUUAUUUAUUUGUUUCAAUGGAAAUUAUAUAGGUAUAUUUUAUUAUUGUAACCUACAUAGUUACGUUGGCUGUAAUUUAAUAUUGAUGUAAAAGUAAUAUAUGUAUUUUUAUUUCA